CGAGUUUCUCUCUCCCCACCAUUGCCUCCAGCCGCUAGCUCUUCUGUCACCGUUACUGUUCUCCCACCAUUCUCACGAGCUGCCCUUCCGACGAUGACCAUGGGCGGCCUGAACACCACGACCGGCCAACUGUGGGCCUGAUGCGAAGGAUUAUGAGAGAGGAACAGAUGCUGAAGUUUAGAAUGUCCGCGGCAGACGGAAAUACCCAUCCAAGACACAGAAAGAUCAAGAUCGAGCUUUAUGCCGCUAUAUCCUCGAGUGCUGCCUUGGUCAGGGUUCUUCUGAUCAACGGCGCUACCUUGCUUCCUUUUGGCGCAAUGGAGCCUAACGACAACACAGGGUUUGGCCGUGCCAAUCUCGCCAACUCGCUCACAAUUGUACAGGGUGAAGCUGGCACAGGCAGAAUUGAGCAUACCUUCGAUGCCACGCACGGCAAUCCAUUCAUCCAUUCCUUCAAUUGCACGGAGGUAUCCGACUUCAAAGUGACUCUUGUGUGGUCGGAUCCCCCUGGCCCCAAGAUUCAGAACCAACUUACCCUGCAAGUCACCAGCUCCGCUCAACCAGAUAUCAAGCGACUAGACCCCGCCAGGGGUCCGCAAUUGAACAUCGUCCAGCAGGUGCUCUGGUACAAGAUGCCCCCUGGGACUGUGGCCAUGAAAGUCCAAUACGAAAAAUCCGCCCGAGAGCGGCGGGCGACAUUCCUGGCCAUCAUGGUGUGCCCUGUUGUGAUUGGUGGAGCAACGAGCUAA